CGUGACCUAACCAUCGCGGACCUCCAUCUUGGUUCCGUGUAGACAUCCGGUAGCAGCUAUCGCAGCUUGUAAUUAUGGCAACAGUCGAGACAAAGUCAUUUUAUCAGUUUGGGAACAGCUCCCUGGCUGUUCCCUUGAGCCUUCACACUAUCAACCGAAGACGACUUUGUGAGCGACUUACCGAUAACAAAGCUGUUCCAAAAGGAGCAAUGAUAUUACUUCAAGGAGGGGAGCAGCAUCAAAGAUAUUGCACGGAUGUAGAUGCUGUAUUUCGACAGGAGUCAUUUUUCCACUGGACAUUUGGUGUACUAGAAGCAGGUUGUCUUGGUGCAGUUGAGGUUGAAAGCACCUGUGCUAUUUUGUUUUUUCCCAAACCUCCUCCAGGGUAUCAUAAAUGGAUUGGGGUGAGGAACAGUUUAGAGCACUUUAGGAAACGUUAUGAAGUAGAAGAAGUCUACUACACCAACCAGAUUGCUGAUGUGUUGCAAAAGAAAAAUCCCUCUGUUAUUCUCACAUUAAAAGGUGUAAACACAGAUUCAAGGCACAUUUGCAAAGAAGCUACAUUUGAAAACAUUAACAAGUUCCAUGUAGACAAUACUAUUUUACAUCCAGAGAUUUCUGAAUGUCGUGUAUUCAAAACAGCUCAGGAACUGGAAGUGAUUCGUUAUGCUAACAAAAUCAGCAGUAAAGCACACAAGGAGGUGAUGAAACGUAUAAGACCAUGGAUGUCCACAUAUCAAUUAGAAAGUCUGUUCCAGCACUAUUGUUUUUAUCACGGGGGAUGCCGCCACUUAGCCUACAACUGCUUAAUGGCAAGUGGUGUCGACUGUGCUUGUCCUUCUCAUACAGUUGAAGUGGAUAGUAAAGUUAUACGGGAUGGAGACAUGUGUCUAUUUGACAUGGGUUGUGAGUAUUACUGCUAUGCUUCAGACAUCACGUGUUCAUUUCCAGCCAAUGGCAAGUUUACAGACGAUCAGAGAAUGAUUUAUGAAAUUUGUCUGCGGGCAAACCGAGCAGUUAUAAUAGCAAUAAAACCUGGUGUCAGCUGGGCUGAUAUGCACCGUUUAGCAGACCGUGUUCAACUGGAGGGCCUCAGAGACAUAGGGCUCUUACAAGGGGACAUAAAUGAGAUGAUGAAGUUACAUGUGGGUGCUGUUUUUAUGCCUUAUGGUUUGGGACAUUUGAUGGGCCUUGAUGUACACGAUGUUGGAGGAUAUCCAAAGGGAACCGAAAGAAUUAAUGAACCAGGCCUCUGCUCGCUCAGAACUACCCGUGUCCUGGAGGAAGGCAUGGUGCUCACCAUUGAACCAGGAAUUCAUUUCAUUCGUGGAGUUAUCGAGGAGGCACUAGAAAAUCCUGAGACGGCGUGUUUCUUCAACCGAGAAGUCUUAAACCGAUUUUGGAAUUUUGGAGGGGUCCAUAUCGAAGACGACAUAGUGGUGACGUCCGAAGGCGUGGAGCUGUUGACAGAUGUGCCUCGUACGGUAGAUGAAAUCGAGGCUCUGAUGGCUCAGGAAUCUCAAGGAUCAAACUGAUAUUUUCCUUAUAACCUCUCGAUGUAAAAAUAUUUUAUUACGCUCAGCGAAAAUUUUAGAUAAGUUUGGAUAGCCCUUUCAAUUAAAAACUAUUGUUAUUUUGUAA